AUGCAGCAGCAGACCCUUGGUCCGGCGGGGCUUCAGCAGCUGGACGGGGGCUUAGCGGCGCAGCAGCAGGUCGUCGGCACGGAGGGGCAGCAGCCACCGCCCCCGAUCUCGAUGGCGCUACAGCAGCCGGCCAUGGGCAGAGAGGGACUGCACGUAGCCCCUUGCGCGCCUGGGCAGCUGUCGGCCUCUGGCCAGAGUGCUCCGUUGCCGUGCGGAGGGCCUGGGGUGGCGCCGUCCUCGCCCCGUGCGUCUCAGGAGGAGGAGCAGGACUGGUUGGGGAGGCGCCCCAGCCGGUCCCCUAUGAGGCGCCGCAGCCGAUCCCCGGCGCCCUCCUCGCCUAUGGGAGUUUCGGCGUCGCGGUCGGGUUCGGUGCAGGGGGCUUCAUCGCCAUCUACCCCUGCAUCGAAAUCUUCUUCACCAGCGUCAGGACGGUCUUCUUCACCACGCUUGUCUCCGCCUCCGCCAGCUGCCCCCGUCUUGCAUCCUCCCCCCACUAUUCCUCCACCAGUUGCGCAGCCGCCGGUGAGGAGGAGUGGGAGGUUUGCUACGACGGAGGAUGGCGUGGAGGCUACGGAUGAAGACGUGAUGCAGAGGGCUAUGCGACGCAAGGCGGAAAAGAACCUCGACACGGCAGGUACUAGAUUUUCAUCCAAGUCCUUCACUUCUUUUUCUGAUUCUAGAAUUUAUUCGAAUUUGAGUAGUGUAGGCAUAUCUUUGGGUAGAGGUUCGGAUGAGAUUUUAGCUUCAGCUCAUGUGUUGAGACAGACGGAGCUUGACCGUUUAACGGUUGCUCCAAAUGGAUCCACUGAGCUGGCUACUUCCACUGUUGAUGAUGACGAAGAUGAUGGCAUCCUAGAUGGUCAUCUUCUCUCGGCUUUAGUUGGGAGUGUGACAGAAGUUGAUUUAGACCACUCAGAGCUUAGUUCAGUUUAUGACCUCUCUGCCUCUGAACGUGGUUCUAGAUCAUCGGCUGGAAAGAAAUCUCGUAGGUAUGGCAAAAAAAUCUAA